AGAUGUGUUUAUAGUAAUGUUUAUUUGUACGUAGUUAGUAAAAUUGCCAUCUCUCGUUAAUUAUUCCACGAUUCUUGAGUUUAGUGCGAAGUUUUGUAAUAUCCAGUUGAUAGUAAUUAAGUUUGCACAGGUUCUUAUUGGAUUGUGAUGCGCCGCGACCGUCGGAGGCAGUGCGUCUGUUGUCUCUGUCGCCGCGGCCGGGCACACCUCCGUUGACCUAUUUUCUGGUUAUUGCAUUCAUCUAACUAUUUAUGUCUUGGGGUGUAAAGUGGGCCACCGGUUUUGCAUCGCGUAUGCAAUAAUUCAUUUCGGCCCUUGUCAGCCACUGGUACAGCAUGUAAAUCCAAUUUAAUUUGCAUUUAAAUAAUGUAUUAAAUUGUUUAAAGUGUAGAAAGUGUUGAGACAUUAUAAUAAGUAGAUAAGUGUUAUGCAAAGAGUAUGGGACCUGAUUGAGAUGUUUUAUUGUCACAGAUUUUGAACCAAGAGGACAGUGUAGUGAUAAGUGUGUAGUGUAGUUAAGAUGGCAUGGUAUGUGCCGGCCAGGGGCUUGGGUUUGACAGAGAAGGACAACACUGCAAUAUGAUGGACUCGGACCUGCCACCUGGUAGUUGCAACUCUACUGGACAUCUGUCCACAAUCGGAUAUCAUACUCUGCCAGGACGCAUGCACCACUCCGCCAGCACACCGGCGGGGGUGGACGGCGCCGGCGGUGGCUCCCGUACGCCCCCCGCUACUCCCAAGAAGGGCGGCAAGAUGCUCGCCGUCAGGGUACAGAUGCUGGACGACUCCAUAUCCAUGUUCCAGAUACAGUCAAAAGCGCUAGGCAGAGUGCUCUUCGACCAGGUAUGUCGGCAGCUACACCUGCUAGAGGCUGACUAUUUCGGCUUGGAGUACCUGGACGCCAACGGUACGAAGGUAUGGUACUGGCUGGACUCAGAAAAGCCGAUGUGUCGUCAAGUAGGCCUCUCAAUGCUGGAGCCGACGUUACGUUUCUGCGUGAAGUUCUACACAUCAGACCCUGCUCGGUUGGAGGAGGAGUUCACACGGUACCUGUUCUGUCUGCAAGUGAAGAAGGACCUGGCUACAGGGUGCAUCCAGUGCAAUGAGAACACUGCUGCGCUCAUGGCCAGUUACAUUGUUCAAGCGGAAUGUGGCGACUUCGUGCCAGAAGACUAUCCGGACCACACCUACCUCAGUGGAUACAAGUUCUUCCCUGGGCAGGACUCGGAAUCCGAGAGGCGGAUCAUGGAAAACCAUAAAAAACACAUAGGCCAGAGUCCCGCUGAAGCCGACCUAAACUUGUUAGAAACGGCGCGGAGAUGCGAACUUUACGGUAUAAAAAUGCAUCCAGCGAAGGAACAAGAAGGCGUUCCCUUGAACCUCGCAGUAGCACACUUGGGUAUAAUAGUGUUUCAGAACUACACGAAGAUCAACACGUUCAGCUGGGCCAAGAUUAGGAAGAUAUCGUUCAAAAGGAAAAAGUUCCUUAUCAAACUGCAUCCUGAGGGAUAUGUUAGUGGUUACUACCGCGACGUAGUAGAAUUCUUCUUCGACGGUCGUAACGAGUGUAAGAACUUUUGGAAGAAGUGCGUGGAGAACCAUGGGUUCUUCCGAUGUUCCAGUGUGCAACGACAGCCCCGGCAGAAGACCAGGGUCAUCUCCAGAGGAUCAUCGUUUAGGUAUAGCGGUAAAACCCAGAAACAAAUCGUCGAGUACGUGAGAGACAACUACGUGAAACGGCAAACAUUCCAAAGGUCGGGCUCGUUCCGCGCGUCGCGCUCCGUGGGCGGGUCGCGCGGCAACGUGGCGCCGCCGCCCGCGCCGCUCAACCAGAGCCUCUCCGCGCACCCGCUGCUGCCGCUGCCGCCCGGCUCCGACGCGAUUUCCCUGGAGUGGGACAAGCAACCUCACUACCUGGAGGCUUCUCUGAUGAUGAAGGGCUACAGUGCGGAGGAAGCGCGCGCGGCGGCGCAGCGGGCGCGCCGGCCCGCGGCAGGGACUCGCCCGCCGCUCGCAGCUACCGCGUAUGUCACCACGAGGGACAAGCUUUCAAAACUGUACUGCAAUCAAAUCGCUCCCGAGCUAGUGACCCAUGCCGAGGUCAAUCAUCAUCCUACGGAGGAUUCGCCUCUGCCUCAUCGGACGACGACACCAUUGGUUUCUCCGGAGAGUACAUGGAGCCAGGCGAGUUUGGGACGUGCGAGUGGGGUCGGCCGCGCGCCCACUCCGCCGCCGCGUGCGCGCCCAGACGAAACAUCGCCCGAGGAAGAUAACACUGUGUCUUCAGCAAGUCUCUGCAUGUCUCCAACAUCGGUCACUGACCACAGUAUAGCGGGUGUUCCGAUAUUCGCGUCGACGCCGCUCGUGUCCAAACAGCUGACGAACGGACACGAUGUAGUUGACAAUAAGAGGAUCAGUGAAAACAAUAAUGAUACUGUUAAUGGAAAUGUUAAUGUGACUAUAGUUUCGGAGUCCGUGAACAGUAUGGACGUGCUCAGCGGUGGGGAAAGCGACGCCGGGGAUACACUUUCGAGGCGGAAUAAUAAUAGUAUAUCGUCCGGUAUGUUGGGAACGUUGCGCGAGGUCGGUGACGCUCCCAGGAAGCGCAACAACGACAUCACGUACUUCGUGGCGAAGGAGUUACUGAUGACUGAGAGAACUUACAAGAGGGAUCUAGAACUUGUUACUGUUAAAUGGAGUAGCAGUGUAUCAGAGCUGGCGGCGGGCGGCGCGGAGUCUGGGCCCGCGCUAGCGCGCGCCUGCCUCGCACUGGAACCACUCGCGCUCAGUAAUGGGAAGUUACUCGCAAGACUCGACAGACUACUGGCUAAUGCACCACGACCUGAUGCUAAUGAUACAGAGGAACCUGAGUAUAAGAAAAUCGGCGAUGUUUUGUACGAACAUUUAUUAAGUACAAUGGACGCGUACCUAUGGUACAGUUCCCGCGCUGGGUCCCUAGUAGGUGUAGUGGAAAGUGUACGUCGGAGAGGGAAUGAAGCAGGUCGCGCGGCCGCGUUGUUUGACUCGAAGGCGCCGCUACCAUUGGCUGCAUUGUUGCUAAGGCCGCUGCAUAGAGCACUGCAUUAUCACCGACUUGCUGAUGAGCUGUACAGUGGCUGCCCCAGCCCGGGCGCGGCGGGCGCGCUGGAGCUGAGCGCGCGCGUGUGGGGCGCGGCGCGCGCCCAGCUGCAGCACGGGGAGAACCACGCCGCGCUCUGUCAGCUGCAGCGGGACCUCGCGGGUUACGAUAAGUUAUUAGUGGCAGAGCGUGAAUUUGUAAGAAUGGGCUGCGUAUACAAACAUUCUUCUAGAGGAUUGCAACAAAGGAUGUUGUUCUUGUUCAGCGACGUGUUAGUGGUGACGUCAAAGACGGGCAGUACCCAGUUCCGCGCGCACUCCGCCCUCCCGCUGCAUGCACUCCACCUCAACACUUCAGAGCUACCGCACUCAUUCUCACUUACUGCAGGUGAAGAUGUAAACUUGCCUCUGAGUGCGACGAACGACAGUGAAUACACAGGCUGGUACAACGCUCUGUUGAACGCGAUUGAAAACGCGCGCGACAAGUUUACUGACGUCGACACUGAACUUACGCCUUACGAACAAGAGACUGAAUCCCCCAGCGCGGCGAGUAGUGCGGGCGGGGGCCUGGCACAUGUAUGUUGGCACCGGUUCACGUCGCUCGAUUCUGUACAUCUACAUCUCGCUAUGCGGACGCAACUAUCCGGGUACUUACUGCGCAAGUUCAAGAAGUCCCCGGGCUGGCAGAAGCUGUGGGUAGUGUUCGCUAUAUCCACACUGUUCUUCUACAAGUCCUGGCAGGAUGAAACACCGCUUGCGUCGCUACCUUUGCUGGGAUACAGCGUGGGCGCGCCGGCGUCAGAAGACAACAUCGACAAAGACUUCGUAUUCAAACUGCAGUUCAAGAACCACGUGUACUUCUUCAGGGCAGACAGCCAGUACACAUUUAACAGAUGGACGGAAGUACUACAAACAGCAACGAUGCGACCCGAACAUAAUUAACAAUAAAUAAUAAAUUAGAUAAAUAAAUAUUACUAAAGUGUAAUUAAAUCACGAAAUCACAUUGGUGCCAUAGAUAUGGCCACAAAUAUUUUUAUAUGAACUUUAAAAGGGAAUCUUGCCUGUAUUUAUUGUGUGAGUCGCUUUAGUAUUAGACCAAGACUGACGGAUCAAAGACGUUAAUGCAUUGUAGUCAUAAUAUUAGGUGGCUAAAGUUGUAUACAUGUGAAGGACCGUACAUAGUAAGGUCUAAAUAAGUACGCGAAUAGAUUAAUAUUCGACAUGCUAGAUAUUCUCAAAUAAUUCUCAUAUCAUACUUUUGAGAUGCGCAAAAGUUUGCGAUAUUUUUUGCGCACUUUGCGCAAGUUCUUUAACAAUCGUGCCUUUAAAUCACAAAUGUAAAUAAAUACAUCGAGGAAACUUAUUUUAACGUAAUAUUUAUUUAAUAUAUUGUGAUAUGCAUACUUUGAUUUCUACAAGAGAAAGAGACCCGUCACAAAUUAGAUCGUAAGUUGAAAGUCGAUUGUAAAGGGAACUGUCUUGAUAUUUAAGAUAUUACACUUCAGUAAACCUUACUUAAAGCUAUAAUUAGCUUUAAAUAUUUAUAGAAGGAUUGUGAAUUAAUCAUAGUACGAAUACAAAGGAAAAUGGUUGUAUAAUAAAUAGGGAAUGAUGGUUUUAAAUAGUACAUUGUAAAAUUAAGAAAAAACCUAAUUUCAAAAUAUAUAGACCUAUUCUAGCUUCGAUAAAAUUUAAUAUAAUGUAUUAAUAUGCAAUAAAUAAGAUAAAUUAAAUAUUUAUUUAAUACAUCGAGCGAAGAGGGUCCAAAACUAGAGCUUUGUAAGUAAAAAAAAGUACUUUUUUAUAUUACUAUGUAAAAUCAUUUCCAAAAUGUUUGUCGGCUGUGUAGUUAUAGGAGAAUAUAAGAUAUUAAUGAGUUCAUUUAUAAGGUCAGUGCUUGACUAUAAGCAAUAAAAACAUCACAGGUAUAAUAGUACUUUGUUAGAAUGUAUGUAAAUGUUGCAUGUAUGGUUAGUCACCAGCACAUGAAGCUACUACGAGUCCGUCAAAUACAUUUUUAACUUUAUCUAUCACAUAGAUAAGGUUGAAAAUUCUAUUGAACUGUUUGGGGUAACUUAAAACCCGGGAUACACUAAGGGAAAAAUGUUACAGUACGUUUUUUUUUCUUGAAUGUAUUCCUGGUUUUACGUGCUGGUGUCUGAUCUGAUUGUGUAAUAAGAGCGAUUGAUGUCAUCAUCAAACGUAGUAAAUGGUACAAAUGAUACAAUGAAUGAAUGAACUGUACGAUUUGAACGAAUGACAAGUGAAUGAAAUGAAUGAUACAAAUCUGUAUUGAAAUCUCAUUGUUCUCCUGUUUUUGAAACAUUUUUGUUAAUAAUUUUUGAAAUUCCAAAGUUUUGUAUGUAAAUUACAUAAGAUGUUAAUGGAUUCAUAUUUCGAGUGCUAUUUACGUGUGAAUAUUUCCAAAGCUUUUUAUUUAUAGAUGUAUUUAUUAAGCAAUGAGUUUAUGAAAUUAAUAUAAUGUUAAAAGAGA